AUGUGGGUGGGCCUUUUUGUGGGCCUUUUUGUGGGGCUACUUGCCCCGUGGUGCAUUCAUGCUCAAAUCAAUCCAAACUAUCCACAAUUCAACAAUAAUUUCAACAAUGAUUUCCAACAACAGCCACAAAUCGUCCCAAAUCGAAUGCCUGUUGAUGGUGCUUUUGCGGGUGGAGAUUAUCGACAGUACACUCUUUUUGAAGGUCCAAUGGUGAUUUAUGGAGAGCAAUGGGGUGACUCAGUGGUUGCUGAUGACACUCAAUUUGGCCGUCUCAUCCCAUUGCAUACAUUCUUUCCAUUUUAUGGUGGAAAGUAUAACUACACUGUGAUCUCUACAAACGGUUACAUUGGAUUCGGGUAUUUUAGUGAGCAAACGAAUACGUUUAAAGUCGGACAAGAAGUUGAUUGGCCUAAUCAUGCAGAUCCAGCAGUGAUGGGUCCAUAUUUGUGCAAACAACGAAUCGGUGGAAGCAAUGAGCAACGAUCGAAAGUUUUUUAUCGAAUUGAGAAGCGAGCCGGUACAAGUGCACAACAAAACAAUUAUGGUGCUGAAAGAUUGCAUUGCCGAGGGCUUUCACACUAUUUUUGUGAUGGAAUGUCGGAGAACUUUUUGAAUGGAGUUGAGAGAGCGUUACAAGAUGGAGUUGCUGGUGGUAGUGUUUUCCGAGCCGAUGCCGCACUUGUAGUCACCUGGAAAGAUAUGAUGCCGAAUGUAGGAGAUGAGGAAUCCCGCGCCACUUAUCAACUUGUUUGGGCUACUGAUGCUCAAGGUCAUUUAGCCUAUGCAAUGACCAACUAUCACACUCUGAAUUUUGAUGCUGCUGACAUGAAUGGGAACACGAGGACUGGGAGAUGUCAAGCUGUUUUCAACGGUGGAAAUCACACGGGUCUCGUUCAAUUGGAUCUCUCUGAUUUGACAAAGAUGAGGCCAUCUUCGUUGGCGGAAAGAUCGGCUGUUCCACACGUUACUCGUGGUCGCUAUUUGCAUCGAGUGGAUGAUGUUGUGAGACAUGCUGGGUGUAGCAAUAAAACCGGAGGAACUUCUCCACUUCUCGUCUAUCCAAACAUCGUCUCAAUGCUUGGCCAAGUAACCGUUGAAGUAAAUGCUCUUUGUCUUGACCCAGCUGUCACCUAUAUACUUAUGAUUGAAAGUCGACAGUCAGCACCGUGCACAGUGUUCUCUCCAUCGAUCGCUCGAUGCAAACUCCCGAAAAUCCUCGAUUGGGGCACAAAAACAGUAUACUUUCAACCGCAAGGCGGACAGGCACAAGACGAGAAAGCUUUCGUUGGAUUUAUUUACUUUGUUCCACCGACGCUUAAUCCAACUCGUUUGGACAUUGGAAAUGUGGCUCAAUGGUAUAAAAAUCCUGUCCCAACGACGCAAGUGAUCAAAUGGUUUCCGAGGAAUUUCACCAUUGAUUUAUCUACUGAUAUUUUGGGCACACAAAGCAGAAAUUAUAUGGACAACUCGAUUUACUCGGUGCCUUUGGGUUUAUAUGUGUUUGGUUAUCGAGAGGCUCAAGAUGAAACGAAAAAGAAAUUCAUCCCGCAACACCGAGUGCUGGCCAAACUUGCUAGCUUUUCAAAUCGAGCUGAUGAGGAAUACCGGUGGAAAUCCCAGAUUGAGAAGCUGGAUUUGAAUCGAGUUGAGAAAUGGUUUUUGACUGAAUGGGAGCUGAAAGAAGAACUUUACACUUAUCGAUUCGGCUACUUGAAACUCGCUCCACAACCAUUGAAUGAGCAAAGUGCAACAAAAAAUGGACAUGGAGUACAUCCUGAAAUACCAGAAGGCAUUGUCUCGGCACCAAUCUCUUUACAUUGGUUGUGGACAACAUUUGAUAACAAAGAGAGAGCAAAACUCAAAAAUGAUGGUCGAAGCGAAAAAGAUGCGAAUCUCGAAUUUGUAAAGGAAAAGUCUCGUGAAAUGUGCAAGGAUUGGUAUGAAGAGGACGGUGCAUUGAAUAAUUUCAUCCGUGAAACAGAAACGAAUUCCUCUUGUCCGUGUAAAGAAGAGCAAGCUUCAAUGGAUUAUGGUCGUUUCAUGCCACAUCCCCGAUGCAGUCGAUUAUUCCGUGACGUCACUUGCACAGAAACGCUGGGCUCAUCGAAUUGUUAUAUGUCGGCGCAAAAUGUGCGCGGUUCACAAGUGCGCGUUACUAGCGAAGGAGUGCAGGAAAACUCUUACAUGACUCACUACGGGCAAACGUGUUGCUACGAUGACAAGGGUUAUCUCAUGCAAUCUUCUUAUCAACCAGUUCUCAAAAUUGACGACACGACUCCAUAUUCACCGGGUUUCCCAACAAGAGCUUAUGAGCAUGGAACCUAUCCUGAUAUUGGAAUGUUUGAGGUGCCCGGUCUUUCGACUUUCCAUCACGAUAUUUUACCGUACUAUUUAUGUUGUAAAUACACAGACUUUCGAUGUCAGCUUUUCUAUUGGAGAAGACCAUCAAGUGCUUGUCAAGCCUACGAGGCUGCUGUCUCUGGCUCUGUGAUGGGUGGUGGUCAUUUCUCGACGCUUGAUGGACGACAAUUCGUGUUCAACGAUCCAGGUGUUUACACGCUUCUUCAUGCGCAUGCAACUCAAUCAACUCCAGAAGUGCAAAUCCAAGUCCGACAAGAGCGCUACCCUGAUCGAAGUGUUAAUUUUGGUCGAGUUGAAUACAAUCAAGAUCGAGUUGUUCCAUCAAAUGUCACUGUGAUCACGGGAGUUGCCUUGCAAUCGGAUGGAGCUGAUACGGUUCACGUCAUUUUGCGGAAAGACACUUACCGGAUGCGUUACCGUACCACAGUGAUUGUUGGCAAUGUUGUGCGAUAUUUUGACAACAUGAUUCUGCAAAAGUUUCGAGGUGUCACAAUCUAUGCAAAUAAUGUGCACAAAGGGCAAUCAGAGGUGUACGUGGUAUUGGACAAUGCACAGAUUGGAGUCCGUAUCCGGGAAUCGUAUGCAAUGGAUAUGGAUAUCACUCGUCAAUUCUACGAGAGUCCUGGCCUGCUUGAUGUCACUGUCUCAGUACCGCCGCAGUACAAAGUGCGAGCUUCAAACCAUUUGCAUAACAACGAGCGAGCUCGAGUCAAUGGUUUAUUGAUGCCGUAUCCCGAGCAAAACAUGGGAGUUUAUCCAAAUGUACUUCAAUGGAGCGAUGUGAACAAUGAGGGAUUGAGAAGCACACUCAUUCAGCAAUACAAAAUCGGCAACCUCGAUUAUGAAUAUCAACCGGAUCAUCAUGUUGAAGAUCUUUUCGUCGCCUCACCACAAAACGAACAACUUUUCAAUGCUUUCCCUGAUCAUUUUUUGAAGAGUCCCACCUAUACCGUUUCGAGCAAAUACCGAAAUCCAGUCGCCUAUCCAUUUAUACCGAUGAAUGAGCAGAACUACCGUGACUUUAUCAACUUCUGUAGAAAGACUCAUCUCUCUCAAAUGCAACCCGACUGGGAAAAAGCGUUGCUGAAGCGUUGCCCACAAGUGUUGGCAAUGGAAACAGCUUGUCAGAAUGAUGUCGCUUGUCUCUUUGACACAACAACACUCCAGUCAAAAAUCUUGGGCGAAGACUCAAAAUCGAAUCAGAUCAACUACCAGCUUCAGCGUUCUCAAUCAAUGCAACAUUUCAACUCUUGUGGCGCGAUGAACAUCGAAUAUCCAGAAUAUUUGAUUAAGGGUCCAUCUUCGGCUGCGAAAGCCUAUGUUGAAGGAGAUACUCUGCAAUUCAGUUGUUUCGCCACUCAUACGAUUUAUGGAGACACGGAAUUCACUUGUGAAAAGCACACAAUUGCGCACGAUUCAAGACAUGGUGAUGGUCAACACGCGUACAUGAUGAAAUGGACAAGUGGAGGUCAACCAUGGUGUAGACACAAAGCAAAAGACAAUGUGCUGAAAUGGUUGCAAUGGAGUGCUAUCGUUUUUGCCAUCCUUCUCGUCUUGAUUCUCGUUUUUGCCGCCUGUUGGGUGUGCAAACAACAGCGAAAACAAGCCUCAUUAUCUGAAGAGCGCGAAAUGCAACCACUAAAAGAAAGGAAAAACAAACCGCUUUUCAUCAAAACGCCAUUAGCGCAACAAUUUGUGCGACGGACAGAGACACCACAACACAAAGAACUAAGCGUACAACGAUUCGAAAAAGAGCCAUCGAGAAGGAGUUCACAAAGCUCUUUGCAUCACACAAUGGAUGAACCACGAAAUGACUUUUCUCUCGGCAGAUCCACCACCAGUCCUCCACAAUACAACGAGUACAAGCCAAGAUCCGGGGGUAAUGUUGGGGGUCCAGCCAGCUCUUCCCGAGCGAAACCCCGAGAAGAGAUUUCUGUC